GUGAGAGCCGGGACCCGAGGAGCAAGCCGCGGUGCGAUUGGAGCACAGAGCCGUCUGUUCCGCCGGGGCGGGGUGACGGAUUCCGGGAGGCGAUAGGCAAGCUCAGGUGCGGCGCCGAGGCUGCUGCGUGCCUUUAAUGGCGGCGGCAUGGAAAGUGGCGAGCCGGGCGGGCUCCUGCAGCAGAUAUUGAGCCUGCGUCUAGUACCGCGGGUGGGCAACGGCACCCUGUACACCACCCCGCUGGUCAGCUUCCCAGAAAUGUGGUAUGGUGUAUUCCUGUGGGCGCUGGUGUCCUCUCUCUCUUUCCACAUUCCUGCGGGAUUACUGGCGCUCUUCACCCUCAGACAUCACAAAUAUGGUAGGUUCAUGUCUGUAAGCAUCCUGUUGAUGGGCAUCGUGGGACCAAUUUCUGCUGGAAUCUUAACAAGUGCAGCUAUUGCUGGAGUUUACAGAGCUGCUGCAAAACAAAUGAUCCCCUUCGAAGCGCUUACUCUAGGUGUGGGGCAGACAUUCUGUGUGAUGGUGGUUUCCUUCUCACGGAUUUUAGCAACUCUAUAGCAUUCCAUCAGAGACUUGAGGCUGAAGAUCAAAUCUGGAGGGGAGAAGAUUUUGACUGCGUGGCAGAGGUAGUCCAUGAAUGUGGCAAUUUUUCAAUCUCUGGGCAGAAAACAGCAUGAGACGAAGAUCCUGGACAUACCUGGAAGGUGUUAUGUCUUUGGUUUUCUAAAGGCCUGGUUCCGUCGCUGAUUUGGUAGCAGAAUAACUUAAACUAGGGAAGAGAUCUAAUCUGAGGGGUUAUAUGCUCCAAAUGAAGUUCCGCAACACAAAGUUGGUUUGUUUAUACUUGGCUUCUGUAAAGUACAAAAGCAGACACAGUAAAAAGGGUUGUCUUGAUUUUCUUGUAGUACAGCUGUGUACACGCUUCCCUGGAAAAUAAGGGAUUAAAUAUUUCACAGAUGCUACUGCAAGCGUUAUCUUCCAACCAGAAUAUACUGUUUGAUCAGUCUUCAGUCUGUUGUAGACUUGGUUGAAAUUGAAGCUAAUUUAUUAACAUUUAUUUUGUUACAUUUUGGUAACAUUAAGUGCCAAGGUUUUUUUGGGGGGGGGGAGGAGUCAUAGGAUGGGGUGGGGGGGUUCGUAGCAUUUAGUAUAAUGUUGAAAACAAUGAACUGUUGUAGCAACAGAAAGAAUCCACAAUGUGACAUAGAGAGGUUCUGCUGUAGAAAUGUUACUACUGAAUGACGUGGCAGGUGCAGAGUGUAGUGAAUGCUUUGACCUCUCGCUACUUUACACUUUGUGAUUGAACCUUUUAAAACACUUUUUAAAGAUAUAUUAAUUGGCCUUUCUAGCCCCCCUCUUUCUAAUGCUAAGUGUUGGGCUUAGUGGGGGGAGCAGCAAAAGGAAACUUCAUUUUAGAUACUUGGAAAUGGAAAUUCGUGCCAGAUUGCAUUCACAUUCAUUGCUGAAGCAGGAGAAUUAUUGUAUGUUAUGGGGUCACUAUUGAUAACAUCCUAUUACAGUGAAACUUACCAGCCAUCAUAUAUCUUCUGCUAAGGGGGCAAAUGGUGGUGAAUGUCCACUACCACAGCAACAAGUAGUUGGAAAUCACGUGUGUAUCCCUCUUGAUCUCCAAGCCUUGAAAAAGCCUGACUUUGAUUAAGCUUUUGUUAGUUCUCCCUUUAAGUACUUAACAUGUUUACAAUGGCAUGAUGGUAAUUCAAGUCUUAAUUUGAUGUUGUAAUAAUCAGAGGUCCAGAGAUUUAGAAUUCUGCACAUGGCUUCCAUGACUGCACAGUUGCAGUCACAGCAUGUGCCAGCUGUGUGUCUUAACGGGCCACUUGCACAUGCCACUAUGGUACCUGCAAGGACAGACUGUGCACAUCCUCCGUUCUAAAUAUCUGGGCCUGACCGUCUCUGAGAUCUCCAGAGAUUGGAUGUCUCCUUGGGGGUCCCAGAAAGUGCCGGGGGGAUUUGCCCUUUCUUCAGCGACUAGUACUGCCAGGAAACAUGAUCUCUUCUGUUGUUGUUGUUGUUGUUUUUUAAGAAAAGGAUUUUAAACUCCUUUCUCUGCCCUGUUGACAGAAACACUUGUGCAGUAAGGGCCCUUGUACAGCCACGUGCUUUCUGUGGGGCUGGUGUAUCCCUGGUUCUCUAGAGCCUGGGGAUUAACCCUAAGCAUUCCUUUAAGGCUAUGUAGCCAUCUGCAGCUUCCCCACUGUUUGUCAUGGUGCCAAGGGCAAAGUAUUUGCAUUUCCAGAUCAAUUAAUGGAGUCCUUCGGCUUGCUACAAGGGAAGCAUCAGAUGUGCCCAUUAGUAGGGCAUCCGCUCCUCAGGAGACACUUUUAAAAGUGGUUGAUUUUUUUUACUGAACUUGGUUUUAAUUAUUUUAUUAACAAACCAGGCAAACCAGAUUGCCUUUUACAUCUAAAUUCCUGCUUCCUUUUACAGUAACACCCAUCACUUCCUCUGAACCGAGUGCCAUCUACCAUAAACAGUCAGAAGAGAGGUAGUGCACUUGUCGCAGCAUAAAGAAAAUGUCCUAGCAUAAUUUAGAUAGUCUCAUGUUGCCCAUCGACAGUUACCUGGAGAGGCAGUUUAUUGUGAUGAUGCCUUCCUAGAAUCUGUCUAAACUAGACCAGUCAGCAUUAGUUUAAAAAAAAAAAUACAAGCUGUGGUGUAAUCUUGAGAGAGGCUUUCAUGUGAAUGCCUAGUCUUGAGGUGGCAAAGGUUCAAAUUUUACGUAACUGCUGUUGUAACACACUGAACACCAAGUAACUUGUACUAAACACUGGGACUUCUAAAUGUAUCCUAUAUGUGUUAUGCUGCAUGCACAGGGCUGUCAUUAUUAUCCUUGUAUCCCUCUCUCCUGGUGGCUCAGGCUUGGAUUAUCUUGGCCACCUCAGACUUCUUCCCAAGAGUCUGAAAUGAGCUAUGUAAAAGUCACCUUCUAUCCUGUCCUCUUUCCCACUUAUCUCCAAUAUCUGCACACCAUAGCCCAUGUCCUAAACACAGCUUGCUUGCACGGAUGACCCUGAAUUUUGUUGGGUACAAAAUUCCUUUGUCUAUAAAGGCUUGUGCUACGGAGCUCGGGUCAGGUAAACUCGAUAUCUUAGAAUCUUUUCUUUAUGGGGGCCACUAGAAACGGGCGUUCCAGACAUCUGCAGUGCCCCCUGUGCCUGUGUUCCCACUCCUGUGUUUGGAUUCUCAAGAGCAAGGAUCAUGCCCUAUGGGAGAGUUUAACAGAAAAGGCUUCAUGAUAUCCUGACAUGAAAGAGCAAAGAAUCUGCAGGUCUCACACAAGGACAAUCCAGGGGGAUAAAUGAAGCUGGAGAGCAGGUGCUCUCAUCUAAACAGCCAGUUUUGUUGAACAGCCAGCAGUCGCCCAAUCUAGAGGGUUGGAGAGGAAACUUUGCCCUUCUGCUGACUCUUCCUGUAGGGAUGUGAAUGAAGCAGGGCUGGGAGGCGGGAGCUGGUGCCAAAAAGUUCUAAAAGAUCUCUCGGCUCACAGGUAGUGCACUGCUGCUUUCCAUUGCCACUCACUAGCAGAGUGCUUUUGACCGUUAGUUGCUGUGGUUUGGACUUGAAUGAAACAAACUCAUAAUUAUGAGCUGAAACAAACAUGAAGAUAAAAUGGCUUAGAGCAACUGGAAGACGUAGAAGCUGUUCUGUUUUCUACCUAUUUAAUUUCCUUAACUACCAUUUAUCUGCUUAUAUUGAAGAAUGUGAAUAUGCAUCUUCAGUAGGUGUUGAGUAUUGAAUGAUUUGUUAUCUGUAGUGUUUAUCUGAAUUUGUCCAGGUCCAGUGAAUUUUUCAGCGGUCUUGUAAAGGUGACCAGCCUUAUCAAAUACUGAGUCCCGUGGGCAAGGCUGUUCAUAUUGUUUUGGUGAUAGGGAAAACUUCAUAGUGCUCUGCUAUCUUCAGUGUUCUCUGGUCUUAUUCUCCACCCUCUGUUGAAAUGCAGAAGGCUACAGGGGAGACAUCCUUCUCUCUCCUUUCCCACGCAAUAAACCUAACCCAAAAGGAGCUCUUGUGAGCUGAUAUAACAAAUAAUUAUUAAAAGCAAUGUCUGUCUUCCACCCCCACCAUCAAAUGUGCUUGCUCAGUUCCUUAAUGACCUUUCAAACUUAAUUAAGCAAGUAUAAGAAGCUCACAGUUAAUCUUCAGUUGGUAUGAAUGGAUGUAGUGUCAUUGAAAUAAAUAGGGCUAUGCUAGUUUACAAAAACUGAGGAUCUGGCCCUCAGCCUGUACAUAAAAAUAUUUACCAGGGGGCAGGGAGGGACUGAAUCUUAAGAGCCAGUGAAGACACUGUAAUAACAGUUGGUGCCUAGAAGGUAGCUCUUUGUCACCAACUUUUUAAUCAAAGAUCUGUGCAGCUGUUGCAUGGGGCUGUUAAAAUGACCCAGACUUGUUUUGGUGCAGUGCAAUUCCUUCUGCAUCAUGGGGCAAAAUGACCAAAACUAGCAAAGAACUUGUUGAAAAAUGUGAAAGCACAGGUGCUGUUGACUGACUGUUGAAGGUGCAUUUCACCCUAGGCCAGAGGGCCUAAUCAAAGGCUUAAGUGAAGCAAAGAGCCUGGCAAGAGGCCUUCUGCACUGGAGUCAUUUUAUGCCUGGAGCAGAGGUUCAUGGUCCUGCUGUUCAUGUGUGUGCACUUACUGUGUGCUGGUUUGAACCAAAUCAGCCUCCCUGUGUAUCUCACUCACUGCUACAGCCAAUAUGAACAAAUCUUUGUAUAACAGAAAACAAUGUAAAAGUAAAUUCUAUUUUUCUACUGACACUUCUAAUGCUGGUGUUGCUGUUUACCAAUAAACUCUAAUGAUUGCUGUGAA